AUGUCCCCUAAGGAUGUCCCUACACCGUACACACUCGCAGAUGUGAAAGAGAUUGCUAAGAUCAAACUCCCGGAUGAUGUUUGGGAAUAUCUGGAAACUGGAGCAGACGACAAUUGGACCGUCUCCAGAAACGAAGACAUAUACAAAAGAUUGCUGCUGCGACCAAGGAUGCUCAGAAACGUUUCUGCCCUAGACACGACAACGUCCAUCUUCGGAAAACGUUACAACAUCCCAAUAGCACUUGCACCCAGCGCAUAUUAUCGAUUUGCCAGCAAUGGAGGGGAAUUGGAUUCGUCCGCCGCCAGUUUCGACAUGGGUACGGAUUUCACUCUUUCCUCAAAUGCGACGACAUCUCUGGAGGAUGUCAUGCAAUCCUUGCCGCCUCGUGAUGACAGCUACCCCAAACCCUGGUUCCAGCUUUACUCUCUGGGGUCUCGUGCCACUACAGCAGCCCUCGUUCAACAGGCAGAAAAGACAGGCUUUGAAGCUUUGGUUUUAACAAUCGAUACGCCAGUGCUUGGUAAUAGACUGCACGAGAGACGCCAUCCCCUUGAGCUGCCCAAACAUCUUACCAUGUGCAACACUUCUAGUCGGAAAGCUGGCACCGUUUCUCAAGGAAGACUUUUGCUCAAUGCAAGAACGGCAGCUGAAGCAAGACGUGUACAAGAAGAAAAAUUCGACUUUCUCGUCGAUGCCAGCCUACAGUGGUCCGAAUUCGUUCCGUGGCUACGAUCUCAGACCAAGAUGAAGCUGGUUGUGAAAGGCGUCAUGACCGGCGAAGACGCUGAGUUAACAAUGCAGGCUGGAGCUGAUGCAAUCGUUGUGAGUAAUCACGGCGGUCGGCAACUUGAUGGAGUCCCCUCCACCUUGGAAGUUCUCGGCGAGGUUGUCAACGCGGUUCGAGGAAGAAUCCCCAUUAUGUUGGACGGAGGUAUUCGCAGGGGGGGCGACGUCUUCAAAGCCUUGGUCCUCGGCGCAGAUCUAGUCUUUGUUGGAGGUCCUGUCUUGUGGGGCUUAGCUUAUGACGGCCGAAAGGGCGUCAAGACUAUACUGGAUAUUUUGGAAAGAGAACUCACAAGGACCAUGACAUUGGCUGGGGCAAGUAGCAUCAAGAAAAUUGUUCGUAGUAUGCUUGGUGUCUCUGCAUAUGAUGAUGUUAGCGUUGCGAAGCUUUAA